AUGAUAAGAAGGGGGAGGGCUGAAGGCUGGCUUCGACAGCCAAUCGAGGCCCUGCCGACGUGGGCCAAGUUCCAUGGCGUUGCAUUCAAUCGUGUCAAGAUUGGACCGCUACCCGGAUUCGAGGAACGAGGCUCGACUGUCAUUGCAGACGGUGAACUCGAAGGAGGCAACGCUACACCUCUCCUAGUCGUUCCGAAAGACCUCAUCAUCUCCCGACUGAAUAUCGAGUCUUUUGCCAAGUCAGAUCAUCAUCUUCGUGAACUUCUAGAAGCCCUUGGUGAUUUUGGAAGGCAGACCACUCGGGGCUCAGUGCUUACCUUUCUGCUCUUCCAAGCGACGAUUUGCUGUCCAGACACAAAAAACGUUGGUGUUUCGAAUCCACUCACAGAGUACAUCAAGUUUUUACCUGAUGAACUUCUGCCAACCUUCUGGACAGAAGAGGAGCAGGAACUCCUCACUGGCACCACUCUCCAGCCUGCGGUACGUGCCAAGCUCAACAGCCUGCUACGUGAGUUCGAACUAUUGCGGACCGCGACUGAGCCUAUUGAAUGGUGUGCAAAGUACUGGUGGCAUGAAGAUGCAGGUAUCCUGACGUUUGAUGAUUGGAUGCGUGUCGAUGCCAUGUACCGGUCAAGAGCGCUGGAGUUUCCAGGGGCCGGUGACUGCAUGAUGCCCUGCGUUGACAUGGCGAAUCAUGCUUCUGGAGACGCUACAGCUGCAUUGUACGAAACAGACAGUAUUGGAAAUGGACUACUACUUUUACGCCAAGGUAAACAUAUUAUGCCUGGUGGUGAGAUUACAAUCACGUAUGGAGAUGAAAAGGGUGCUUGUGAGAACGUAUUUUCUUAUGGGUUCCUAGAGGAUGCCCUCACAUCAGCAAGGGUUAUGUUCUUGCAUCUUGACAUUCCGGACGAUGACCCACUACGGCCAGCAAAAAUGUACGUUUCCACUGCAGCACCAGGGUUUCGCAUAUUCGACAAGGAAAACGCAAUUGGCUGGGAAAGCGACUUCAUCUGGCUUGUGGUGGCCAACGAAGAGGAUGGGUUGGACUUCAAAGUCAGGCAAACGGUUGAUGGCGACAGAGAGAUUCAGGCCUUCUGGAAAGAAAAGGAACUAGACCCGCUGAAACUUCGCGAGUAUAUGGAGGAAGAUCCAGCAUGGGAUGUUUUUCAACUUCGUGCCACAGUUCUCUUACAGAAUCGAGUCGAGAUGCAGAUGGAAACUCUGAAGCAAACGCAGGACGUGGACCGAGAGCCUGCCGUCCGAGAUGUGCCGUGGAACCUUGCAAGACGACUUCGAAGUCUAGAGCUAGAGAUGCUCGAACGUGCUGUGGCUGCCUUUGAAGCCCAAAAGACACACCUCAUUCAAUCCGACACGGUCCAACAGUACCUGGCAAUCGCAAACGGCGAGGGCGUCAAUGAAGAAGUCGACUUUUCGUGA